AUUCUGCUCUUUAUUGCAAAUUUCGUUUCGUUUUCUGCUUCAUACAUGGCACGGCGGUGGAUUUGCUUGCCUACUUUGUAUUAUUACGAACGAUAUUGGUGGAUUUUUGGUGGGCAAUGUUAUACAAUGUCCUUAAAUAAAUCACUCUGUCCUGUAUUCCUCCGCAAUAUUUUACUUGUGAACCAUGCAAGGAGCAUAUCAACAGGUGCUGUUAACCGUGCCACCCACUAUGAUGUCUUGGGCAUAACACCAAAAGCCACGCAGGGGGAAGUAAAGGCUGCCUACUAUCGUCUGUCCAUGCAAUAUCAUCCGGAUAAAAAUCAAGGAAGUGAAUCGGCAGCUUUAAAAUUUCGGGAAAUUACACAAGCCUAUGAGGUCCUGGGGAAUUUUAGACUAAGGAAGUUGUAUGACAAGGGUAUUCUUCACACAGCUGGUCCACAAUAUGCCCAGAAAGCCCAUGAAACGGCCGAGACACCAGAUGACGCCUCAACGAAAUUCUAUAAAUCACGUUUCCGCAAAUCAAAAGUAUCGGACAGUAGGGGUCAUACACCAAUGUAUGAUUUUGACGAAUGGACUCGCCAACAUUAUGGUGAUUCGUUUCAACGCCGCCAAACGGCCAAAGAGAAAUAUGACCACAAUAAGGAACAGGAGAGAAAUAAGCUAUUAAUAUUGCAAAAAGAAAUAGUGCUGACGUGCGUUAUAUUAUUUUCGGCCUUGGCAUAUAUGAGAUAUUAUUCCGAAUCAUCAUAUGAUUUGCCAAAAGAGAAAAGUAUUCCUAAGCCUGCAGCAGAACAAAGCAAUGUAAAGGAUAGUACAACAUAGUUAAUGUGGUUAUGUUUCUAGUCAAUUUUUUAAUUUAAUUAUUUAAUAUUACGAAAGUUUCAAUGUGAUACUUGUUAUAAAGUCGACGAGAUGUAUAUUUUCAAUUGUAUUUUGAAAUAAAUUAAAUGUUUUAAAGACAAA